AAUGGGCGGUAGCAGUGGCUGAAGCUCUGUUUCUCCUUCCCAGCAGCUUUCAGACUUUCUUUUCCAAGAAGCCAUCUAUCCGGAACGAAGACAAGUCCCAGAGUCUGGUGUUGGACAGAGGAGGAAACGGUGGAGGAGAAUCUGUGUUCUGCAAAAAGGAGAGGAAAACGAGAAUAGUCAUGCCAGACUUGAAGAGCUCCUUGAUUCUCUCGGCCUACGUCAUCAUCUUCCUCACCGGUCUUCCUGCAAACCUCCUGGCUCUGCGGGCCUUCGUGGGCCGGGUCCGCCAGCCCCACCCUGCACCUGUCCACAUCCUCCUGCUCAGCCUGACGCUGGCGGACCUCCUCCUGCUGCUGCUGCUGCCCUUCAAGAUCAUUGAGGCUGCAUCUGACUUCCGCUGGUAUCUGCCCGAGAUUGUCUGUGCCCUCACGGGAUUCGGCUUCUACAGCAGCAUCUACUGCAGCACGUGGCUCCUGGCAGGCAUCAGCAUCGAGCGCUACCUGGGAGUGGCUUUCCCCGUGCAGUACAAGCUGUCCCGCCGGCCCAUCUAUGGGGUGAUUGCUGCUCUGGUCGCCUGGAUCAUGUCCUUUGGUCACUGCACCAUCGUGAUCAUCGUUCAGUACUUGAACUCGACCGAGAGUGCCACCAAUACCAAUGAAAUUACCUGCUAUGAGAACUUCACCGAAAAGCAGCUGGAGGUGGUGAUUCCUGUGCGGCUGGAGCUGUGCCUGGUCCUCUUCUUCAUCCCCAUGGGGGUCACCAUCUUCUGCUACUGGCGCUUUGUGUGGAUCAUGCUCACCCAGCCCCACGUCGGGGUCCAGAGGCGGCGCCGGGCUGUGGGGCUGGCUGUUGUGACACUCCUCAAUUUCCUGGUGUGCUUCGGGCCUUAUAACGUGUCCCACCUGGUGGGAUUUUACACAAAGAAAAGCCCCACGUGGCGAGCGGAAGCUGUGGUAUUCAGUUCCCUCAACGCCAGUCUGGACCCCCUGCUUUUCUACUUCUCUUCUUCAGAUGUGCGCAGAGCCGUCGGAAAAGGGCUUCAGAUGCUGCGGCAUCAGGGCUCCUCUCUGUUGGGACGCAGAGGCAGAGAGAUAACAGAGAUGACAGGUGGGGACAGGGGUGUGAGUCAAGCAGAAGGAGGACCGAGUUCUGACUUCACCACAGACUAGGGAUGUGCCUGCACCUAAUAUGGGUUGAGCAGGCUGGGAGAGGGAGAAGAUGAGGGUUCUGGAUUCAGGAAUCCUUAGACCAAUCUGUUACUGAGACUAUAGGAAUCUCUCUCACCAGCUGGAUAUUUCUUCCUGAUUGAAUUUUCCUUCCCAAUGGAACACAGCUCCCUGACCAAAGAAGAAAUGGUUAGGAAUAGAAGCACUAUCAGACCAUGCUUUGAAAGCAAGGUGGCUAUUACGAAUUCAGUCCUUGUGAGGUGGUCGGUAGCUGGGGAUGAUCAGACUGAAUAGAGAAUCCUAAAGCGAUCUUGCUAUAAGCUUUGACAGCACACCUAGACACUGGCCUAGCUGUUGAUGCUAUAAAGAAGCCAAUGGGAAAGAGAUGGAAGAGAAAUACUAAAUGAGGUCAAAGGAGACUCAGGGAAGUUCUGAGCCAAGGGGACUUGAAGGAGGGGCUGAGGGCUUGGUUGGGUCGCUAAUGCUUUAGAUUUCUAAUGUAUCGAUCAGACCUGCUGCUUUGUAACUAUGCUCCCGCUGUCUUCGUGUGUGUAUCUUGUCUCCCCCAUUAAACUGGGAACUUCUUGA